GCUCAUCCAACAGAAACAUCUGGGGUCCUUCAGUUUCACGUGCGCUGCUGUGGCAUCGUGAGGGAAACAUGCCGAAAUCAAAGAGGGAUAAGAAAAUUUCCUUAACAAAAACAACCAAGAAGGGUCUGGAGUUAAAACAGAAGCUAAUAGAAGAGCUAAGAAAAUGUGCAGACACAUACAGAAACCUCUUCAUAUUUUCUGUUGCUAAUAUGAGGAAUAACAAGUUAAAAGACGUGCGAACGGCAUGGAAACACAGCAGAUUCUUCUUUGGCAAAAACAAAGUAAUGAUGGUUGCUCUGGGUAAAAGAGAUACAGAUGAAUAUAAAGAUAAUUUGCAUAAGGUAACAAAGCAUUUACGAGGAGAAGUGGGUGUACUGUUCACAAAUAAAACUAAAGAAGAAGUGCAGGAGUAUUUCAGUCAUUUCAAAGAGACAGAUUUUGCUCGUGCAGGAAACCAGGCACAGAUGGAUGUAACUCUGGAUGAGGGGCCUCUGGAACAGUUCAAUCACUCAAUGGAGCCACAGCUAAGACAACUGGGACUGCCCACUGCCCUCAAAAAAGGAGUUGUGACGCUACUGAAGGAUCAUGAAGUCUGUAAAGAGGGGGAUGUACUAACUCCAGAGCAAGCUCGGAUACUGAAACUGUUUGGCAUUGAGAUGGCUGAGUUUAAGGUGCAGAUCAAAUGUAUGUGGAACUCUGAGACGGGUGAAUUUGAGAGCUUCGGUGCAGAGGAAGAGUCUGUUAUAGAGAAUGAAGAGGACGAUGAGGAGGAGGAUGAAGAUGAUGCAGUGUGAGAUCUCUGCAGAGACUGUGUCUGGUUUUAUGUUUAUGUAUGUCUGGGCGUCGUAUAUGGACAUUAUACUACCAGACUAUUAUAUUUCCCCUCCCAAAGUUUGUACAAACUUGUUUAUCCUGAAUUUUCGAUGUGUACUGAAUUGUGGAUCAGUAAACAUAAAUGGUUCACAUUAUCUUUUGAUAA